GGCUGAAAGUCAGGAGACUAAAGCUCCGAAGGAUUGGCUCCACCAGUUAAAGUUGUCAGCAAAAGUUGAAGACCGAGUGGAUUUCUCACGUCGUGAAUAUAAACCUGUUUGAUUUCAGCUCGUAGUCGUUGUAGGAUAACCGAUGUCAGAUGUCCAUCUCCAUGUCUAGUCUGGAGAGCCCCCCGCGGUCCUCCGUGUUUACCUUUGAGUCCUCAGUGCACAGCUGCCAUGUGCUGCGUUGCCUGGACGACCAGCGGAGGCGUGACCUGCUGUGUGACAUCACAGUGGUGGUGGAAGGGAGGAGCUUCAGGGCCCAUCGCUCUGUGCUAGCUUCCUGCAGCAAAUACUUCACUCACAGGGUCUCGUCCCACGCGGGCCCAGGGCUCGUCAUCACCCUGCCUCAGGAGGUGACGGUGAGUGGCUUUGAGCCACUGCUGCAGUUUGUCUACACCUCCAAGCUGCUCUUCAGUAAAGAUAAUGUUGUGGAGAUACGACACUGUGCCUCUAUUCUGGGUUUCAGGGAUCUGGACUCGGCCUGUUUUGACUUCCUCCUGCCCAAGUUCUUCAGCAGCAGUUCGGCCUCCUUCCAGAGGAAGACCUGCUGUAAGACACGGUGCAGGAGACAGUCCCCUGGGUCAGAACUUGGCGACAUCGACACGAACAAGGAUGUCUUAGAUGAUGACAAAGGGGUCCGGGUGGUUUCUGAUUCGCCCGUUGAACAGGAUGUGGGUGGAGCCCCCUGUCAAAGCAGCCAACCUACAAAUGGUGUGACAGGAUCUAAAAGCGAAACCCCUGCCCCUCCUCCUGAAAUCAAUAUCCAAUCAGACACCCAGACUGACGACUCCCUGUGGUGCCCCAAGUCCUGUAAGUUCCAGCUGGCUUGUGGGAAGGACAGUGUGUGUCUGGACGUCUGCAUCCCAGAAACAACCCUUGAUUCCCCAGUGGUCACUGAGGAGGGCUGCCCUCUGCCUCAGUCCCGGUCCUGUCUACCUUGCCCCAGUAGUGGGGGCUGUAAGGAGGGUCCUGCAGUGGAGAUCUCUGGAGAGAACUCCUCCCAUUGCUCACAGACACAGACUAACCAGCCAGGACAUGGAGAGGUUGAGGAGAGGGUAGGAGAGGAGGAUGGGGAAAAGAGAGAGGCAGCCGGGGAGAACAUAGACAAGUAUGAGGGGGUAGGAGAGGUGGAAGAGAGGAGGAGAGAAGCAGAGAAGGCUUCUGGAGUCGGCUGCCUUAGAUCUCCACUCAUGGAGGUUUCCAGUGGUAGGACUGUCAGCUGUGAACAGAGCCCAGGGUUGGAUGAGGGGACAGUGGGUACUGCAUCACACCGAUGCCCCCUUGAGGAACCUGGGCUUGGCCAUCAGAGCCCUGGAGGUGUGGGGGAGAUGGAUAGAGGGAGAGGACAGGGAGAGGAAGAGAGGAGAGAGAUGGAUAGAGGGAGAGGAGAGGAAGAGAGGAGAGAGAGCGGAUGGGAAGGGAGGAGCAGCAUGGAGAGGGAGGUGGCUGAACACUUGGCCCAUGGUCUUUGGUCAGACCUCUCGUCUCCUCCUUCCCUCCUCCAGGACUCCCUACCUGAGACUGGGCCUGAGAACAUUCAGGGCAGCAGAUCCACCUUGAAACCCCGGAGCAUGAGCCCCAAGUUGGACUGGCUGAACCAGCUGUACCUCACCUCCAGCACCGGGGACUGUCCUUUUCUCCAUGGCCUGGACAGUGGGACAGACAGGGAGAUGGACAGAGGGACAGGUUUAGGGGACGCCCAGCUGCCGGGCUGUGAGGGGUCAUCCCAGUCAGAGAAGAGUCCCUGUGUGUCCUCUCUGACCUCUGGGGAUGAUGGAGACUCGGACUGCUUUGAUACGGAGGGAGACAGUGAGUCCUGCUCCUACAGCCAGAAGGCUAGGGAGUUACAGCUGCCAUUCUCUGUAGGUCAGAUUUUGGCGUUGAGCAGGAAUGACUUCCAGCUGAUGUUGAGGCACCAGACUCUGACCAGAGAGCAGCUGGACUUUGUCCACGACGUCAGACGCAGGAGUAAGAACCGCAGCGCAGCCCAGCGCUGUCGCAAGAGGAAGCUGGACUGUAUACACAACCUGGAGUGUGAGAUUGACAAACUGAGGACAGAGAAGGAUCAUCUCAUGACAGAGAGGACCAAUCUGAUCCAGAUGAAACUGAAGACUUGGCAAAGUGUGUCUGAACUGUGUCAGAGGGCCUGCAGCGAGUCUGCCCUGAGUCCCAAACAACUCCAGGUCCUAGCCUCCCCAUAUUGCCCUCUCUCUGCUCUCAUCUCCCCCACAGACCCAGCCUCCCCUGGGCUAGAGAAACGACUACAGCCCCUGGCUUCUCUGUCGGCUUCCUCCUCAUCCUCAGGACCCCGAGAAUCUUAGACCAGCUCUCCCAAGGACACACCCACAGGGGAGGAGCUAUCAGGUGAUUGGACAGAACCUCAGGUACAUACCUGUGAACAGGUGACUGAUAUCCUGCCCAUGGAAUAGUGUGACCAACAAAGGUGUUAGUCCAGACACCUGGAGGGACCACCAUUAUCUUCAUCACCACCAUCAUCACCAUCAUCAUCAUCACCACCAUGUUCUGCUUAUAAUAUUAUAAUAGGCUACAACUCCUAAACAGAGGAAAGAUUUCUAACCACUAGGCUACCUUCCGCCCCUACACUCUAACCACUAGGCUACCUGGG